AUGGCUGCCAUCGUCAACACCAAGACUAGUCUCGAGAUCACUAAGGGUGCGACUGCCCUCGACCCGAUCCCUCUCGACGUCAGCGAAUCCAACUCGGUUUAUGACGAGGACGAGAGGCUGCUAGGCCCCUUCCCCACCGAGGAGGAGUGGGCGACUCUUCCUCGCGUGGCAGGUCGCAUUCCCUGGACAGCAUGGACCGUUGCUUGCGUCGAAUUUGUUGAACGCUUCUCGUACUACGGUACAUCCGCCGUAUUCGUCAACUUCAUUCAGAAGAAGCUUCCUCCUGGCAGCACGACUGGCGCCGGUUUCCUUAAGAAGCCCGGAUCUGGUGCGCUCAACAUGGGACAGCGAGCGUCAACUGGAAUGACCACUUUCAACCAGUUCUGGUCCUAUUUCACACCUUUGUUCGGUGCCUGGAUUGCCGACGAAUACUGGGGCCGUUACAAGACUAUCCAAUGGGCCAACAUCAUCUCCGUCAUCGGUCAUGUUAUCUUGAUCUUCUCGGCCAUUCCUCAGGUCAUCGUCAAGCCUAAGGUUGCCAUGGGCAUCUUCUCCGUUGGUCUCGUCGUGAUGGGAGUCGGCACCGGUGGAUUCAAGUCGAACAUCUCACCCCUUAUCGCCGAGCAGUACAAGAACCAGAAGGCCUACGUCCGCACCAAGAAAAACGGCAAGAAGGAAAUCGUUGAUCCCGCCACCACCACAGCGCGAAUUUACAUAUAUUUUUACCUGCUCAUCAACGCCGGUUCUCUUACUGGUUCCCUCGCCAUGGUUUACUCCGAGCACUUUGUAGGCUUCUGGCUGAGCUUCACCUUGCCGACCAUUUGCUACCUGCUCUGCCCUUUGAUUCUUGUAUACUUCAAGAACACCUACAAGCUGACGCCUCCCACUGGUUCCGUCAUGGGUAAGGCCUGGAAACUCAUCCGCUUCGCUAGCAAGAAGAGCGACCGCAAGAACAUCCUAAAGGACCCUCACUUCUGGGAUCGCAUUAAGCCCAGUGAGCUACGCGCUCGUGGUGAGACCCUCCCGAGUUUCAUGACUUUCGAUGACGAGUGGGUUGACGAAGUCCGCCGUGGUGUCCUUGCCUGCAAGGUAUUCCUUUGGUACCCUCUGUACUGGCUUGCCUACAACCAGAUGAUGAACAACCUCGUUUCUCAAGCCGGCACGAUGAAUUUGGGCAACACCCCGAACGAUAUUGUUUCAAAGCUUAACCCAAUCUUCAUCGUCAUCGUUAUCCCCAUCAUGGACUUCAUUGUCUACCCUGCCCUUCGCAAGGCUGGUAUCGUCCUCUCGCCCAUCAAGAAGAUCACCGCUGGGUUUGCCCUCAGCUCGCUUGCCAUGGUCUCUGCCUGCGUUACCCAGUACUACAUCUACAAGAUGAGCCCCUGCGGUAACCGGAUUAACGAGCUCACCAAGGCCGGCCAGGACUGCAGCGCUGACAUCUCGGUCUGGGUUCAGGUCUUCCCCUACGGUCUGGUCGGUAUGUCCGAGGUGCUCGCCUCCAUCACCAAGCUUGAGUACGCAUACACCAAGGCUCCUGCCAAUAUGAAGUCCACCAUUCAGGCUAUUGCACUGUCUACCUCCGCUGUCUCCGCUGCCCUUGGUCAGGCGCUUGUCGCUCUCUCUGAUGACCCUCUCCUCGUCUGGAACUACGGAUCCGUUGCUGUCAUUGCUGCUAUUGGCGGUGUCGGUUUCUACCUGACCUUCCGCAAGGCUGAUGCUGAGGAAGACGCCCUCAACAACCUUAAGACGAGCAAAUACCUGGGCGGCAGGGCGCAGGGCGAUGCAGAGAGCGUUGAGGCUUAUAGUAUCAGGGACGAGAAGAACCAAAAGCUAUAA